CUUGUGAAAAAGCAACGCGUGAGCAGCAAUGGCGGCCCAAGAUCUUCAAGCGGACAUGCUGCUGGAGGGGAGAUGGCGUGUGGUGAACCACGUCGGCGGAGGCGCCUGGGGUAAGCAGAUCUGAUCUACACACGGCAAGCCACAGGGAGGACACUGGAUGACCAAAGAGAACUCUUGUCGUCCUAUAGAGUCCACAAUGACCGUAUGUGCCGUCUUUUGUGUGUUGUUGCCUGCAGGCGCUGUGUAUGUGGUGCGAGACGAGCACCAGCCGGAGGGCCACCUGCGGGCCAUGAAGUACGCAGGCACGGAGAGCGGCAGCGUCAAGGACCUCAACGGCGACUACAACACCCUGACGCAGCUGCAAGGUACGGGAGCCAGGAAAAAGUCUGCUGUGCCAACCCCCUAUAAGCUCGCGUCUCGUCUCUCUUUUGUGUGUGCUUUGUGCAGGCACCAAGGGCAUCUGCAACGUGCAUGCCCACUACAAGGCUAACGACGCGUGAGCUGAGCACGCAAACGACGGAUGGGACUCAAACAAUCCAGCGAGAUAUCGAGUAUUCUUCUCUGUGUGUCCCAUCAGCCACCGUCCAUUCUUCGUGAUGGACCUGCUGGGCGGGGACCUGCUGCGGCUGCGGGAGGCUGCGGGCCGCUUCACCGUGGCCACGACGGCCAAGAUCGGGGUGAGAAAGAGAUAUAGAGAGCCUUACAAAUUUGCAUGUAUGCGCCAAUUGCUAUCUGCGUAUGUGUGUGUGUGCAGCUUCAAGUCGUGGAUGUGCUGGAGAAGGUGCACGACGCCGGCUACAUCCACCGGCAAGCGGCAAAGAAGACUCCACACAUUGUCUGAGUGCUCUUUUCCCUGUCCCUCUGUUUGUUUCCAACAGCGACAUGAAACCCGAUAACCUCAUGACGGGCAAGGGUGAGUGAGGCAUAGACACACAGACGCCAAUGGGAAGGAGGGGACACCGGAUGUGUAUGUUGUGUUGCAUGCAGGCGGCCAGCAGGGUGAGGUGUUUUUGGUGGACUUUGGUCUCGCCAAGAAACACCUCGCCGCCAACGGCCGGUGAGCCCCAUUCACCAAAACCAAAGAGACACACACGGUCAGACCUUCCUUUGUCUCUUCAUGUGUGUCGCUUGCAGCCCCAUCAAGGCCCGCAAGGACGCCGUCUGCGCGGGGACAGCCUACUGGGGCAGCCCCAACGUCCACGCCAAGAGGGAUCUAGGCCGCCGGGACGACCUCAUCAGCCUCUGGAUUGUCCUUCUCGAGAUGAUGCUCAACGACCUGCCGUGGGCCAACCGCACCGUAAGGAGAGACGGACACGACACAGAGAGACACACAUGCACACGGUGCUUGUUCCUCUGUCUGUCUGUCUGUCUGUCUGUCUGUUUGUCAGAACCGAGCAGACAUCAAGAAGGAUAAGAAGGAGCUGUUCGCCAAGGUCGAGGCCCUCCACAACGGCCAAGCCGCCGCCCCGCCCUUCACGUCCUUCUACCUGCGCCGCGGCCACCAGCCCGCGGACCCGCUGGCUGAGGACCCGCUGCUGAAGGACACGGACGAGCUCGCCAAGGCCAUGCCACCCCAGAUGGUGCGUGUGAGUGAGACAGGAAGGUGCAUUGGGCUUCUUGUGUCCCUUGGAUUCUCCUGCUCUCCCUGGUGUGUGCAGCGGCAGCUGUGGGUCGAGCUCAACAGCUACAAGUACGACACCAAGCCCAACUACAGCUACAUCCGGUAAGAUUGAUUGCAAACAAGGCCCACGCACCACUCAUUGUCCUUUCUUUUGGCAGGUCCCUGCUGCAGGACAUGUUCGAGGCGUAUGCCCAUCACCACAAGGACAACUGGGACAUCACCAAGGAGUUCGGCCAGGGCCCAGGCAAGUGGAAGGCCUCCCAGGAGGAGGCCGCCCUCCACCAUCCCCUCCCCCCACCCUCGGCCCCUCAUUCUCACCCCCACCCGCCCGCAGCUGCUACUGCUGCAGCAGCCAAGACCAAGGCCAAGCCACGAUCCCCCUCCUCGCAAGAACAAAGGCGAGAAGCGGCCUCGGGCUGAGGACGAGGAGGACGAGAACGAGGAGCGGGCCGGCAAGAGGAGGGUGCGUCGGGAGGUGUCUGCUGUGCCCAAGCCCCGUGGCCGGUCGGUGUCUCCCCCACCCAAGCGCGGCAAGGCAGCGGCGAAGGCCAAGCAGGUGCGCAAGGCGCCGACGAAGAAGGAUCAGCAAGAAGCCCGCCAAGAAGCCGCCAGCCAAGGAGACCGGCAAGAAGGCGAGCGGGAAGACCACAAAGCCCGGCAGGAAGACGCCCAAGAAGAAGGUGCAGGCGGCCAAGACGGGUGCGGCAGCCGGUGUAGUGGAGGUCGAUGACGAGGUGUCGCCCGGUGCCCCAUCGCCAUCCGUGUCGACCAAGAAGCAGCGGGGGAAAGGCGUCGCGGACAAAGUCCGCAAGGCGCCCACCAAGAAAGUGGGCAAGACCAAGAAGGCGGCUGCCAAGAAGAAGACGACGGCGGCUGCGAAGAAGAAGGUGGUGAGGCGGGCUUCGGCGCCCAAGAAGAAGGCGGCCAGCGCUCCCUCUGCACGGGAUGUUCGAGCCGAGCGACGCGCCCGCAACAAGGGAUGAGGGAUAGGGAGGGGGGAGAGAACCGAAAGGGGGCUGGGUAUGUGGGGUAUUUUGAUGUGUGGCGCAAGCAGGCAGGCAGAAAGAGAGAGAGAGAGGGAGAGAGAGAGGGAAAAGCGGAUCGCCAGUUGAUGUCGGUCGUUGGGAUUUUCCAGUUCCAUCAGUGUGACGUGAUUAGGGGGUUGUCUGUGUGCGGGAUGGGAUGGGAGCAAUCGGGCGCAAGAGACACGUACCUCUGCCUGCGCUUUGCGGGAUUCUGUGCCGUGUGUGUGUGUACUUGACAUGUGAGAAGUUGGUGCUAAAAUGUUUUGAGUGCUGAUGAUGGAGCUCCUCGGUGUAUAUUAGGCAGGCAGGCAGGCAGGCAAGGUAGUCGACGAGAUGUCCUGCGACGCAGGCAAAACCAUCUGCUUUUUUCAGUCGUUAGCGAGAUCAUAGGACCACUCGAGGAAGAGACACGUGCCGCUCGCUGCCUGCGAUCUGUGAACUUGUCUGUGUUGUAAGUGUGUAUGUGUAUGCUUGUGCCUAAUUGAUGCCCCCCUGACACUAUGC